UGAGAGCUAAGUCUGAUUAUAUUAAAGAAUAUUUUGAGAGAAGUGAUAGUUGGUUGCGCACUUCCUUCUUUUCUUUGCCGUGAUUGUCACUUUCUCUGCUGCUCUGGAAAUGAUGAACGCUGACGAGACAAAGAACGUGGAGAGCGAGUACAUCAAGAUGCACCACGCGCACGGGGAACUUUUGGAGAGUCAGUGUAGCUCGACGCUCGUUAAGCACAUCAAAGCUCCUCUUCAUCUCGUGUGGUCACUUGUGAGAAGAUUCGAUCAACCACAAAAAUACAAACCGUUUAUUAGUGGGUGUGUGGUCAAAGACAAGAAGCUGGAGAUUGGUUCAGUAAGAGAAGUAGAUGUGAGAUCUGGAUUACCCGCUACUAAAAGCACGGAGAUAUUAGAGUUUCUCGACGACAACCAACAUGUCCUCAGCAUCAGAAUCGUCGGUGGCGAUCACAGACUCAAGAACUAUUCCUCAGUCAUUUCGUUACAUCCGGAGACCAUAGAAGGAAGAGCAGGGACAUUGGUCAUCGAGUCGUUCGUGGUGGACGUGGCUGAGGGUAACACGAAGGAAGAGACUUGCUUCUUCGUGGAGGCUCUGAUUCAAUGCAAUCUCAAAUCUUUAGCAUAUGUUUCUGAGAGUCUUGAAGCAGAAUCUAUAGCCCAAAUGGUAUGAUGACGACUCUAAGAAUAAUCUUUCAAAGGCAAAUAGUAUGGAGAAGCUUCCCAAAUGGGAAGGAGUCAUUUUCAUAUUCAAGAAGAUGAUCAAUUCGUUCUUUUACGUAUAGUGAUGUCAUUUUUAGUCUAUGCUUUUCUUUGUU